GGGACAAGGCAGAAAGUGGGGUGAGCCCUGAAGACCCAGAAGACCAUGCACUGCCUGCAAGUCCUACCUCAAGCCCAGAAGCUCCAACCUUAACAAAGCCUCAACAACUGCCUGGAGAUUCUCUCUUCAACCUCUGUGUGGGCGACUCCUCAACAUGAGCUACAGACUCCACUUGGCCUUUGUGUGUCUCCAUCUGUUGGCUGGAAGGAAGUGCAUCCGAGGAAAUCAGCUCAACAUCGAAGUCAGCAAAAGUGACAAGCUGUCCCUGCCUGGCUUUGAGAACCUCACAGCAGGAUACAACAAAUUUCUCAGGCCCAAUUUUGGCGGAGAACCGGUUCAGAUAGCACUGACUCUGGACAUUGCGAGUAUUUCUAGCAUAUCGGAGAGCAACAUGGACUACACAGCCACAAUAUACCUCCGACAGCGCUGGAUGGACCAGCGGUUGGUCUUUGAAGGCAACAAGAGCUUCACACUGGACGCCCGUCUUGUGGAGUUUCUCUGGGUGCCAGACACUUACAUCGUGGAGUCCAAGAAGUCCUUCCUCCAUGAAGUCACCGUGGGAAACAGGCUCAUCCGCCUCUUCUCCAAUGGUACAGUCCUAUACGCUCUCAGAAUCACGACAACGGUAGCGUGCAACAUGGAUCUUUCUAAAUACCCCAUGGACACACAGACGUGCAAGUUGCAGCUGGAGAGCUGGGGCUACGAUGGAAAUGAUGUGGAGUUCACCUGGCUAAGAGGAAAUGACUCUGUGCGUGGGCUAGAAAACCUACGCCUUGCUCAGUACACUAUCCAGCGCUAUUUCACCUUGGUCACCACAUCACAACAGGAGACAGGAAAUUACACACGACUGGUGUUGCAGUUUGAGCUUCGGAGAAAUGUUCUGUAUUUCAUUUUGGAAACCUACGUCCCCUCAACUUUCUUGGUGGUAUUAUCCUGGGUGUCAUUUUGGAUCUCCCUGGAUUCAGUUCCUGCAAGAACCUGCAUUGGAGUCACCACUGUUUUAUCCAUGACCACACUGAUGAUUGGGUCUCGCACAUCUCUUCCCAACACCAACUGCUUCAUCAAGGCCAUCGAUGUGUACCUGGGGAUCUGCUUUAGCUUCGUGUUUGGGGCCUUAUUGGAAUAUGCAGUUGCUCACUACAGCUCCCUACAGCAGAUGGCAGCCAAAGAUAGGGGAAAAACAAAGGAAGUGGAAGAAGUCAACCUUACCAACAUCAUCAACAGCUCCAUCUCCAGCUUUAAACGAAAGAUCAGCUUUGCCAGCAUUGAAAUUUCUGGUGACAAUGUCAACUAUAGUGACUUAACAAUGAAAACCAGUGACAAGUUUAAGUUUGUCUUCCGAGAAAAAAUGGGCAGGAUUGUUGAUUAUUUCACAAUUCAAAAUCCCAGCAAUGUUGAUCGCUAUUCUAAACUAUUAUUUCCUUUGAUUUUUAUGAUAACCAAUGUAUUUUACUGGGCAUAUUACAUGUAUUUUUGAACCAGUAUUGAACUUCUUGCAUGCCAUAGGUCUUCAAUGGAGCUAAGUAAUGAUGCAAAUGGUUUUCUAUGCCAACUAUGUACCCUAACCAAACAGUAAUACAAGUGACUAAAAUGGCAAGUAUGUUUCCUCAAAGAAUGGACCUCCAACUGUUACUUUAAAUUGGCUAGAAAUCCUGGCAUCAU